CUAUAUUACUAUAUUAAAUAUUACUGUGGUGGUCAGUUUACAUGGGCUGGUCAACAAAUUAAUUUACCAACACCAUUACCAGUAGUACCAUCACCAGGUAUCACUAAAACUUCAAAUGAUAGGUUUCGGUACUAUCAGAAUGUAUGUACAGUGAGUUAUAGUUUAGUUUGGUUAAACUGGACGCGAUGGGAGAGACAUAUAGAUUGGAUGGCUUUACAGGGUAUAAACCUACCAUUAGCUUUUACAGGCCAGGAGACCAUCUUUCAAAGGGUAUACAUGAACUUAGGAUUUACUUUUGCUGAUUUAGAAAAGCAUUUUGGUGGUCCUGCAUUUUUGGCAUGGGCAAAAAUGGGUAAUAUUGAUGGAUGGGGUGGACCGCUUCCAUCCACAUGGAUAACUGAUAAAUUGGUUUUGCAACAUAAAAUAUUAGCUAGAAUGCGAUCGUUAGGUAUGAUACCAGUUUUACCAGCUUUUGCUGGUCACGUUCCUUCAGCUAUAACCAGAUUAUACCCAAAAGCUGUGGUAUCUCGAUUGUCUGCAUGGUCUAAUUUUAGAGAAAAAUACUCAGAAACUUAUUUAUUAGAUUUUCAAGAUCCAUUAUUUAAAACUAUUGGUGCUGCUUUUAUUAAAGAGAUGAUUAAUGAAUUUGGUGGGGAUCAUAUUUAUAAUACUGAUAUGUUUAAUGAAAUGACACCAAAGUCUAGUGAUCCAAAUUACUUAUCUGCUACAUCAAAGGCUGUUUAUGAUGCUAUGUUAGCAGCUGAUCCCCAAGCUAUCUGGCUAAUGCAAGGCUGGUUGUUUCAUUCAAGUUUUUGGAAACCAGCACAAUUAAAAGCUUUAGUUACUGGUGUUCCUUUGGGUAAAAUGAUAGUGUUAGAUUUAAAUGCUGAAUUAGAUCCUGUGUAUAAGACAAGCCAAUCAUUCUAUGGUCAACCAUUUAUAUGGUGUAUGUUACAUAAUUUUGGUGGAACUAUGGAACUCUAUGGUGCUUUAAACCAAGUUAAUAAGGGACCAUUUGAAGGAAGAAGCUUUGAGAAUUCCACAAUGAUAGGAGUAGGUAUAACACCAGAAGGAAUUUAUCAAAAUGAAGUCAUGUAUGAGUUUAUGAAUGAAAAUGCUUGGAGAACAAAACCUAGAAACAUUACAAAUUGGAUGACUAAUUAUACCAUACAGAGAUAUGGGCAUCAUGACACAGAUGUUGAGCAAGCAUGGCAUAUUUUACAAAAAAGUAUUUAUUCUUUUGUUGGUGAGAAAAAGAAACGUUUUCAUGGUAAAAAUGGCUUUGUGAAACGCCCCAGACUGAGGCCAAAGUUUUAUAUAUGGUACAGUCCUAAAUAUCUGUAUCAAGCGUGGGACUUAAUGGUAAAAGCUUCACCAAAUUUUAAUAACAGUGAUCUAUUUAGAUAUGAUCUAGUAGACAUUACUAGAAACAGUUUACAAGUAAUAUCAAUGAAGAUGUAUUCUGAUAUUCUAAUGGCAUACAGUAUGAAAAACUCUACACAAUUAAAACAAGCUGGCGAUAGAUUCAUUAUAUUACUAUCACAAUUAGAAAAGUUGUUAGCAUCAGAUAGACACUUUCUGCUAGCUAAUUGGUUAGAUGAUAGUAAACAAUGGGGAAGUAAUAGUAACCAAUCUAGAUUAUAUGAAUACAAUGCUAGGAACCAAAUUACAUUGUGGGGGCCCAAUGGAGAGAUAGUAGAUUAUGCUUCUAAACAAUGGGCAGGCUUGUUUGCAGAUUUUUAUCAACCAAGAUGGCAGUUGUUUAUAGAUACUUUAAUGAAUUGUGUUCAAACGGGGAAAUCAUUUAAUGGUCAGGCUUUUAAUGCUGAUGUAUUGGAAAAAGUAGAGAAACCAUUCACAUUUUCAAAUAAAGUUUAUUCUGGAAAUCCAGUAGGUUAG